UCUGCAGGCGUCUUUGUCACUGGCGUCCGCCAGCCGAACUCAGUGUUCGCCGCUCCUUCUUCUUCAGCUGUGGUGGUGCGAGGUUGCUCUGCCGGGCUUCUGGCGCCCUGCGACCUGCAGACACCGGAAAAUCCAUAGGGAGGAUGUCGGAAGACCACGGAAGCUGGGAAGUGGAACUGUUGACAUUCAGGGAUGUGACCAUAGAAUUUUCUCCAGAAGAGUGGGCAUGCCUUAACCCUGCUCAGUGGAAUUUGUAUCGGGAUGUGAUGUUAGAGAACUACAGAAACCUGGUCUCCCUGGGUCUUACAGUCUCUAAGCCAGACCUGAUCACCUGUCUGGAGCAAAGGAAAGAGCUCUGGAAUGUGAAGAGACAUGACAAAGUAGCAGAACACCCAGCUAUGUCUUCUCAUUCUACCCAAGACCAUUUGCCAGAGCAGGGGAUAAAUGUUUCAUUCCAAAAAGUGAUACUGAGAAGAUACGGAAGCUGUGGUUUUGAGAAUUUAAACCUAACGAAAGACUGGGAAAAGGUGGGUGACUGUAAGAAGCAGAAAGAAUGUUAUAAUGGACUUAAACAAUGUUCAACAACUACCCACAGCAAAAUAUUUCAAUGUAAUAAAUGUUUGAAAGUCUUCAAAAACUUGUCAAAUCUUAAUAGACAUAAGAUGAGACAUACAGUAGAAAAAUCUUUUAAAUGUAAAGAAUGUGGGAAAGCCUUUAACCAAUGCCCACACAUUACUGAACAUAAGAGAAUUCAUAAUGGAGAGAAACCUUACAAAUAUAAACCCUACAAAUGCGAAGAAUGUGACAAAGCCUUUUACUGGUGCUCACAACUUACUGCACAUAAGGGAAUUCAUACUGGAGAGAAACCCUACAAAUGUGAACAAUGUGGCAAAGCUUUUAACCAGUGUUCAUACCUUACUAAACAUAAGAGAAUUCAUAAUGAAGAGAAACACUACAAAUGUGAACAAUGUGGCAAAGCCUUUAACCGUUGUUCAGACCUUACUAUUCAUAAGAGAAUUCAUACUGGAGAGAAACCCUACAAAUGUGAAGAAUGUGGCAAAGCUUUUAACCGCAGCUCAAGCCUUAUUAUACAUAAGAGAAUUCAUACUGGAGAAAAACCCUACAGAUGUGAAGAAUGUGGCAAAGCUUUUAACCACAGCUCAAACCUUAGUCUACAUAAGAGAAUUGUUCAUACCAGUGAAAAACCUUACAAAUGUGAAGAAUGUGGCAAAGCUUUUAUUCAUUGCUCAGUCCUUACUAAACAUAAGAGAAUUCAUACUGGAGAGAAACCCUAUAAAUGUGAAGAAUGUGGCAAAGUCUUUAAUCAAUGCUCAGACCUUACUAAACAUAAGAGAGUUCAUACUGGAGAGAAACCCUACAAAUGUGGAGAAUGUGACAAAGCUUUUAACCACAGCUCAAGCCUUAUUAUACAUAAGAGAAUCAUUCAUACUGGAGAAAAACCCUACAAAUGUGAAGAAUGUGGCAAAGCCUUCAACCGUUGCUCAGACCUUACUAAUCAUAAGAGAAUUCAUACCGGAGAGAAACCCUACAGAUGUGAAGAAUGUGGUAAAGCCUUUAACCGUUGCUCAGACCUUACUAUUCAUAGGAGAAUUCAUACCGGGGAGAAACCCUACAGAUGUGAACAAUGUGGCAAAGCCUUCAACCGUUGCUCAGACCUUACUAUUCAUAAGAGAAUUCAUACAGGAGAGAAACCCUACAGAUGUGAACAAUGUGGCAAAGCCUUCUACCGUUGCUCAGACCUUACUAACCAUAAGAGAAUUCAUACUGGAGAGAAACCCUACAAAUGUGAAGAAUGUGGCAAAGCUUUUAACCACAGCUCAAACCUUAGUCUACAUAAGAGAAUUAUUCAUACCAGAGAAAAACCUUACCAAUGUGAAAAAUGUGGCAAAGCCUUUAACCAGUACUCAUACCUUUCUGUACAUAAGGGAAUUCAUACAAGAGAAACCCUACAAAUGUGAAGAAUGUGGAAAAUCUUUAAACAUUGCUCAAACCUUUCUAAUUAAAAGAUAAUUUAUACAGUAGAGAAACCCUACAAAUGUGAAUAAUGUGUCAAAGCCUUUAAGUGAUGUUCAUACCCUACUCGAUGAAAUACAUACUGAAGAGAAAUCUUACUAAAGUGAAGAAUGUGGCUAAGCCUGUAACCAGUGCUUAAACAUUUAUAACUGUAAGUUAUAUCUGAGAGAAAUCAUACAAAUAUGAAGAAUAUGGGAAAGCAUUUGCCUGGUGCUUUUCCCUUACUAUACAAGAGAGAAUUCAUACCUGUGAAAAAUCCUACAAAUGUAAAGAAAGUGGGAAAGCCUUUAAUAAGUGCUCACAUAUUACUUGACAUCGGAUAGUCAUAUUGGAUAACAGUGGUAUAAGUGUAACAACUGUCAAAAUAUCUUCUGGAAAAUAAAAGUCUUAGAGUGUUCUAAAGUGUUUAUACUGAGAAAGAAUUAAAGAUACAGUAAUACUCUUUAUAGUUGUAAUAUUUUGUCACAUAUCUUAUUGUGCACAGUAGAAUUUAUAAUGGAACAAAACCCUCCAUCAGUUGCUCAAAAUUUAAGUUUAGAGAAUGUAAACAGGAGAGAAACUCUAUAAAUGUAUAUUUGUCCCAAAGCAGAGGGUUUAUUAUAGAGAAAAAUCCAAUAUGAAAAUUGUUAAAUAAUUUAUGUAUAUGUAUGUUUAAAAGGAGCAGGAGAUUGAUUUU